CAAUACGCUAUCGUCGGGAGACUUUCAGCACUAGCAGUGGAAGAAGGUGUUAUAAUAGGCCUGUAUAUUUUGGCCGAGCACUAAAGGCGAAAGAGGAUAACGUACAAGAAGAGCAGUUUCGUGCACGGUUAUGAGAAUUUCCAGGUAGCUGAGUAGUCUAUUUUAUUUCCGUUGCUAUUGAACUGAACUGGUGUGAGGGAAAGACACUAUAAUAAUAUUGAACAUUGCCAUUUUCCAUACUUAGUACUAGUGCAACUAGCAUGAUGACAAGGAGUAUCGUAUUCACGGUCGCUCUUGCCUUUGUGGCUCUCGGUAUUGUCGCCAUGUCUAUUGUGAUCAACGUUGAUCCCAAGUGGAUUGCGCGCACACUGGAAUUUCCACCUCCUUUCACCCACAUCAGGCAGCAUACCGAAUACGGACUGUGGAAGGUCUGCACCAGUGAUCAAAGGACCCAUCGUUGCUUUGGCUACGCAGAAAAUGACCUUGUCGAGCUUGCGUCCUCUCUGAGAAGUUCGCAGGCGUUUGGUGUGCUGGGCGCCAUUGCAGCCGGCCUGACUUUAAUCCUGCUAGUUUUGGCUGCGUUGCCGAUAAGUUGGCCCCACAACGCGAAGACCUGUGUCGUCUACUCCCCUUGUGUGGGCUUUGGCCUUACAGGGAUCGUGUUGGGACUAUGUGCCAUUAGCUUCACAGUCCAUUACAGGCAGGACUUCAAGGGAGACCCUGCGGAACUGUCCGACAUGUACAUCCUGUCUUGGGUCUCCUGCGCUCUGGCACUGGCUGCUGCCACCCUUGCCUUUGUGCUGUCCUACCGUAGACAGUCCACUGAUGGGAAUGUAUCUGACGUGAAGUUCGUCAAUGAGCCAGCCUGAGGAUUUGCGACGCACAUCCCUUCAAGCCGUCUGAAAGCCUGUCACCCUAUGUUGUUUUCACAAGGCCAGCCUUUCGGUCAAACACACUGCAGUUUGUUAUAAUGCCAUUUUGCCACUCUGUCACCUCAAUAUGCUUUUCAAUUCGUUUAAUUUUAGAGUUGGAUUCAGAGACAUCAUUCACAAUUCUCUCGCUGAUUAAUCCCUCUACGAUCACCUUGUGAUUAUGAGUUAUACAUACAUACAUACAAGAUGACGAGCACACACUGCAAUGGUAUUUGUUAUCAUUGUCUGAGUAAUCGUGUUAUUACAGAAUUGCGCACCGGCAGGUAUUCGUGCGUGCGUUUGUGCUUGUGCGCAGUCACACGCACACACACACACGCACACACGCACGAACACACACACAGACACAUGGUGCGAUGUGUACUUGUACUCUAGGUUUGUUCAGUAAUAGGCGAACAUCCAACGCCACUUGCAAUUCUCAACACUGACCGUUCGCGUAUGUCAUCAUGAGGGGCAGAAAAUUCCGUUUCUAUGGCGCGUUGGGCGUGCAACACUGUGUCGGGAAAAACAAA